GCCGUAGAUGUUAACCCCUUCCUGCCCAGUGCCAUCAGUAAAGUGUCAGUUUAUUAGCACUGAUCAUGUCAUUGGGGAUGUCAGCGACACCAAGUCAGUUCCCCCCAGUGUCAGAAUGCCCACCGCAGUCCCGCUGUAAGUCGCUGAUCGCCGCCAUUACUAGUGAAAAAAAAAAAGUUCCACUAUAUAUAACGUCAUUUCUAAAAGCUAUAACUUUCACGUAAACCUAUUCAUUUAUACAUAUUGUGAUUUUU